AUGUGCUGCUCAGAGAACAAACACGUCAUAGCGACAGAGGUCUUCCUUGACCAGAAGAGUAAACCGGAAAAGUUUGGGAGCGUUGUUAGAGUGUUGACUAGGCAGGAAGCGACUACUCCUGAAAAGCAAGGCGAUGUCGAUGAAACUGAAAAGGUAGAGGCUUCUUGCGCCAGGUUUGAUAGAUCUCUGGCAUACAACGAAACUGGAAGCUGCCUGCAUGUGCUGCUCGGCAUCCGUAAGGCAGUCAUCCCGAACGGUGGACGCGGCCGACGCAAACGAUCCCACAUGGACAAAAACGGACUCGGCCGACCAAGCGAUCCUGUCUUGCGAGGUCCAUGGGUCAGGGGGCGGCUCUGUAUCGGUGAAAUGCAGCGGCCCGACAUCGGGGAGGGCACGAACAAAGAAGGCCACAUGUCCGAACUCGAUGAAUCAUGCGGAGACGGUGAACAAACAACCGCAUUUCCAUUGGUGGGGAAGCUCAAUCGCGAUGAACUGGGGGAAGAUGAGAGGCAGUGGUCUCCGGCGAUCUGGACGGCGCCUAAUAUUGUGCUCUCAGUGCCUAAAGCCAUGCCCAGCCGCGUAAACGUUCUCUGGUGGGUUGUACCCCGGGAGCCGGAAGCCGCCCAGCAGCGAAGAUCCUCAGCAGUGCCUACACACUGGCAGGUGGGAGAAACGUGGCACACAAAUGCGAGGAACCGAUGGGCCGUCACGCAGGCGGACGUGCGAAGCAAGGUGCCUUUUCCCACCAACCCAAAGGCCAACCCCCCGCACCUCGAGAAACGCAUCCGUCGAAUCGAAUCGACCGUCGAGGUCCAGCCAGAGUGGUACCGGUACUCGCGCAUUUCUGUGUAUGUUGAAGGUGUGCGGAUAGACCUGCCCACGCAGCAUGCUUCAGAUGCGCCGAUGACUGCAUUGGCUCAUGCCGACGAUGGCGCUGCCUGA